AUGACAGCCACCACGCCUCCUUUGAAGCCUACAACAACGACCACCGAAUCUAUGAGUACAAAACGCACACGUAUUGGAUCGGCAAAGACGACGGCGUUUACGCGAAGCUCGUGGACAAAAAUGUAG